CUUUCACCGGUAAGGUUGUUGAAACCUUCGCCUGUUUUCGAUGCUUUCGAUGACAGCCACGACACGACGACUCUGGACAUAAGACACACUUCACACACACUCUCUCCAUCUUUCGCUGACGCAUUUCGUCGAAUGGCUCGCCUUCUCCAAACCACAUUCUUACCUUCUUCGCCGUCCCUGUACAUCGCCCGCAAGAGCUCGCUCCCCGGCCACCCCCGCAAUGGACCCAGAGCCGCCCCAAUUCAGUCCAAGAUCCGGGAGAUCUUCAUGCCCGCCCUCAGCUCCACGAUGACGGAGGGCAAGAUCGUCUCCUGGGUCAAAUCCGAGGGCGACAAGCUCGCCAAGGGCGAGAGCGUCGUCGUCGUCGAGUCCGACAAGGCCGACAUGGACGUCGAGACCUUCUACGACGGUUACUUGGCCGCCAUCAUGGUGGAGGAAGGUGGGGUCGCCGCCGUCGGCUCCGCCAUCGCCCUCUUGGCCGAGACCGAGGACGAGAUCGCCGAGGCCAAGUCGAGAGCAGAGGAUGACUCGUCAUCGGCGCCGCCUGGCCCUCCCACUGCUCCAGCUCCAGCUCCGGCUCCGGCGCCGCAGGUCGAGACCGCGGCCUCUGUUGCUCCUGUCGUGAGGGCAGCUGCGACAGUGGCUGCGGCUGUUGGUUCGGCUGUGCACCCGGCUUCCGAAGGGGGCAAGCGUGUUGUGGCAUCGCCAUAUGCGAAGAAACUGGCGAAAGAGUUGAAGGUUGAUUUGGGAAUGUUAGUGGGCAGUGGCCCCAUGGGGAGGAUUGUGGCUAAAGACGUGGAAGCGGCUGCGGACGUGGCUGCGGAUGCAGCAAGUGCGGCCACAGCUGGUGCUGCAGUGGCUGCACCAGUGGCAGCUCCAGAGAAGAGUUCUGCAAUUGAAUUGGGCACAGUAGUUCCAUUCACAACGAUGCAGGGCGCGGUGAGUCGGAAUAUGGUGGAGAGCUUGAGCGUGCCUACUUUUAGAGUUGGGUACACUAUCACCACAGAUGCGCUUGAUGCUCUUUACAAGAAGAUCAAGUCAAAGGGAGUCACAAUGUCAGCAUUGCUCGCCAAGGCGACGGCACUUGCAUUGGUUAAACACCCGGUCAUCAAUUCUAGCUGCAGAGAUGGGAACAGCUUUACAUACAACAGUAGCAUCAACAUUGCAGUUGCUGUUGCUAUAGAUGGGGGGCUGAUCACACCUGUGCUUCAGGAUGCAGAUAAAGUGGAUAUCUACUCUUUGUCAAGAAAGUGGAAGGAGUUAGUUGACAAGGCCAGAGCCAAGCAACUGCAACCUCAUGAAUAUAAUACUGGGACAUUUACUCUAUCUAACCUUGGAAUGUUUGGUGUUGAUCGGUUCGAUGCCAUUCUACCCCCUGGAACUGGAGCAAUCAUGGCUGUUGGUGCAUCCCAGCCCACAGUUGUGGGCACAAAGGAUGGUCGAAUUGGCAUGAAGAAUCAGAUGCAGGUAAAUGUCACGGCGGAUCAUCGGGUAAUAUACGGUGCUGAUUUGGCUCAGUUUUUGCGAACCCUGGCCAAGAUUAUCGAGGACCCAAAGGAUCUCACCUUUUGAUUGAACAUAAUUU